AUGACCUGCGACUGCGACCUUCGUUUCUGCACGCGCAGUGAAGCAAAGCAGCAUCAAGACAACACCCAUCACCAACACUAUUCGUGGUCGUGCGCCUUUCUCCGAGAAUGGCAGGGGGCAUUUCAACCUCCAAAAUCACUAUCGCAUCAGAUUCCGGACGAAAUAUCCAGCGACAUAUGUGGCUACUGCGGCGAAGCGUUUCCCAACAACCACGAGCCGGACUGGGAAUCUCGGCGUGUCUACCAUUUAAUCACAGUGCACAAGUGCGGCGAGUGCAAUGAAGCCCAGGAAUUCCGCCGUGGCGACCAUUUCCAGAAGCAUCUAAUCGACAGCCAUUCUGGGAGCAAGGGCCCGUGGAUGACAUAUCUAGAAAAAGCUUGUAGGAAAGAGGGGCAGAUCCCGGACUCGGUCGCAACUAUAAAACCGCCAGUGCUCGAUGAGUAUGCAUCACACGAGGCGUAUCGGGUUUCGUCGAACGAGACACAUCAACACAUGGACGAUGCCAGUCAGGAAUCAGAGCACUCGAUCAAUUCACGGACCUCACAACAGUCAACGCCCUCGGCCGGGUCGCAGGUAUCCGAUGGGUCGAUAGAGGCAGGCCACUCCGUCUUCCAUGGAAUGGAUGAUUUGAUUGAGGAGCAUUUCAAAGAGGCCUUCCCCAAGCCGCGCUUGAUAACUCGCAAGAGAACAACGCCUGCCAAGGAGUCUUACAAAACUGGAGUUAGAAACCUGCUCUACAAGAUCCACAAGCGUUAUGCUUUGUUGUAUAGUGCUAUUGACGUAGACACAUGUGAACGUGACGAGAGCCUCGUGGUGCUGUACGACGACAUGAAGCUGGCUUUCAAUGGCCUCAUGUCUCAGAUCCUAGUAGCACAGGCAUCAGAGGAGGUUUAUACCGAGCUAACCCUGCAGGUAUCAGAAUUUGGGUGUCAGUUGGAUCAGUAUAUGGGUCUGGAACGCGAGGACGCGGAUUCUAAAUAUGUUGCCUCGCAGGAGAAAGACAGGACAUGGCCACCACAGCUGGCUCACGACAAAAGCAAGCAUAUGGGUACCAAGAAGGAUAUCAAGAAGCUGCUAUCCAGAAAUAAAUCUAGCAAGUCCCGCGGGGCUGCUUCUUUGGUUUCAAAGGGGACCGGGUGGUUGAAGUCACGGACUGUUGGCGGGAAAGCUGCCGUACCAGAGAGCGGCAGUCUUUGUAUUUGCGAUUGCUCUCCUAAAGGCCCCAAGAAGUUUGACAAUCCCGAUGACUUGCGGUAG